GGUGCCGUUUCUCGACGUGAACCCAAGCUGCAUACAGCGCUCAAGCGACAGAGACGGGUUGAAUUGUUUCAGUAAUUUUGUAAUUUUUACCACCAUUACAGGCUACACUGUUUACAAAAUGGGGGUGAAAGAUCGCCCUCAGUGCUAUUUUGAUGUGGAAAUCAACAGGGAACCAGUUGGACGAAUUGUCUUUCAACUGUUCUCCGAUAUUUGUCCCAAGACAAGCAGGAAUUUUCUUUGCCUGUGCACUGGUGAGAAAGGCAGUGGCAAAACUACAGGAAAAAAAUUGUGCUAUAAAGGCUCAACUUUCCAUAGAGUGGUAAAGAACUUCAUGAUCCAGGGGGGUGAUUUCACAGAGGGCAAUGGAAGAGGAGGAGAAUCUAUAUAUGGUGGCUUCUUUGAAGAUGAGAACUUUACUCUCAAACAUGACCGAGCCUUCCUCUUGUCGAUGGCCAACCGUGGCAAAGACACAAAUGGGUCCCAGUUCUUCAUAACUACAAAGACAGCACCUCAUCUAGAUGGUGUGCAUGUGGUCUUUGGGCUGGUCAUCUCUGGCUUUGAAGUGAUAAAGAAAAUCGAGGGGCUGAAGACCGACUCAGCCAGCAGACCUUAUGCUGACGUCCGAGUGAUUGACUGUGGACAGCUGAUUACAAAGUCUGCUAACGAUGUGCUUCGAAGCAAGAGGAGGAAAGUGUUCUACUCUGAGGAUGACUCUCAGAGUUCUUCAGAGACUACAUCCCAGGAUUCCUCCUUAGCAGAUUCUGGAGGGGAGUCUGGUGAAAAGUAUGCAUCUCGAAAGAGGAAAAGAAGCUCAAAGAGCAAGCAUUCAAAAAGGAAAAGAAAAGAGUCAGGGAAGAAAGUGAGACACACUGUUAAAACAGCAGGACAUGGAAGUCAUGUUGAAGGAGAGAUGGCAGAGGACGAUGAUGGUGAUAUUGAGCAGAAUGUGAAAAGGGAGAAGCCUGUGGUUCGACCAGAAGAGAUCCCACCCGUGCCAGAGAACCGUUUUCUUCUUCGCAGAGACAUGCCUACCCAGGAGGAGACAGUACAAAUGGCUGUACAGGAGACAGUUGUGGCACCAAAUGACCCCAAACCAGCUGUCACAAAAUCUGGACGUAAGAUUAAAGGCCGCGGAACUAUGAGGUAUCAUACGCCCCCUCGGUCAAAAUCCCGAUCCGAGUCGGAGGGUGAAAGAGGGAGCAGUGAAACUCCCCCACAUUGGAAAGAGGAAAUGCAGAGGACAAAGGCUUACCAGCCCCCCAGUGUGGAGAGAUGGAGUAAAGGAGAAAGAUGGGAUAACAGAAGUGACACCCCAAGGUCUAGAUCAAGAUCAAGAGAGUGUUCGUUAAGUGAGGCCUCUGUAUACUCCAGCCAGCAUAGAUCAAGAAAAGAAAAGAAGAAAACCAAAAGCAAGAAGAAAAACAAAAAACGAAAACACUCAAAGAAACAUAAAAAGAGCAAACCCAAGGAGACCUCCUUGUCUGAAGGAGAGAUGUCAAGCUCCUCAGGCAAGAGGUCAAAACACUCGAGCCGUACGGAAAAGAGACAUUCCCGGUCGCGCUCUCAUUCUCACUCCCAAUCUACUUCACGUCACUCCCACGUAUCGUAUCGAUCAGAGUCAGACAGGAGACGAUACUCAUCGUGCUCUUCUAGAGAUUCACAAUCUUAUUCGAGAUCCAGGAGCAGAUCUUAUUCCAGAAGUCGCACAAGGUCUGAGAGGCAUUUUAGGUCUUCCUUGAGGUCAAGUCAUAGUCGUUCAGGGCGGUCUAUUACACAUUCUAGGUCGCAGUCUCAUUCUCGAUCCAGAUACAGGACAAGGUCAAGAACCAGAUCAAAUUCUAGGUAUAAGUCAAAUACCCCACCACGUUCCAAGAAAAGAAAUGUUAUAUCCCCUCGAAAUUCAAAGCCUUCAGAAGGUGUUAUUACCAAAUUGGCCAAGCCAGUGCCUACAGCAGUUCAAGGUGUAGAACCUAAAGCCCCACCAGCUGUGUCCUCCGAAAGUGUCUCUGUAUUACCUAUGAGUGACAGUCCACCGCCCUCUCGAUGGAAACCAGGCCAGAAACCUUGGAAACCGUCCUAUUUCCGCAUUCAAGAGAUCAAUAAAAAGUCAAUCCCAGGUUCAAAAGCACUUAUCAGCCCAUUAACAAAUGCACCUCUGGAGACAAUGUCCUCUCUUAAGCCAGAUGCUGCCAUUAGUCAAAGGGUCCCCAGCAGCAGGAACAAUGUUGAUUCUGAUAGACUUCUGCAAAAGAGUUUGUCCAGGAGCAGGUCACCCAGUCGGUCAAGAAGCAGCAGUAAAUCACCAAGCCAUUAUGAAAGCAGAUCUUCCCUUAGUAGGUCAGAAUCAGGUUCAUACAAAAGAAGAUCCACUGAAAAGAAGAGAAAACAAUGUAGUUCUCAUAGAAAUAGCCAAAAGAAUGCAAAUUAUAGCAGUGGCCAUAAAGAUACAUCUCCCUUCUCUGAAGAUGGAUCAGAAAGUCCAUACAGUUCUAUCCACAGACACGGUGAUUCCUUGGUACAAAUAAAUAUGCUUGAUUCUCUGUCAGAUUUACAGACAGUGGGAAUGAAAGGCAAGAGCCCCAGUCAAAGGAAUGAACUGUUAGUGGACAAGAACAGUAAUUCUGGAUGGGAAAGUGAAGAAGAGAACUCAAGUAAGAUUAAUACUGCUGCCAAGCAUAACCAACUCUCUGUGAAGGAUAAAGGGAGCCUUAGUGAAAUGAAAAAGAUGCAGAUUUUGUCUCGCUGUUGGGAGUCUGAAAGUGAUUCUGAAAUGCCAGAUAAAAAGACAGUUGGUGAUCCCAAACAUGUGUCUGAAAAGGAGGAAGGAGAGGCUAGUUCAGAAUCUGAGUGUGAAGACCUUUUUAGGCCUUCAAACAAAUCAAACAGAGGUGCAGAAUUGUCUGAGGAAUUAAAAAUUAAUGAGGAACACCCUGACUCAAAAACCACGAAGCACAAGAACAAGAAAGCCAAGCGAAAACACAAGCACAAGAGGAGGAACUCUUCCAGGUCAGGAUCUCGCAGAUCCAAGAGCAAGAAAUCCAAGAAGCACCAAAAGCCAAAAGAGACAUUCCACUGGCAGCCUCCACUAGAGUUUGGCGAUGAAGGUGAAGAGGAUGAUUCAGUUGCUCAGGCACAAUAUGUAGACUUUGCAAAUCCUGAUGCUACUAACAGUGGUGCAAAAAGACGGGUAAAAACUGGAUCGGACAAGCCCCAUGGCACAGAGAAUCAGGAUAAAGGGACUCGAGAGUCAACUCAUUAUAAAUGUUCAACGGAGUCUCAAAAAGAUAUUGAUGAAAAUGAGAAGACUGAAAACCAAAAAUCAUUCCUAAGUAGCAACACAGAAAGAAUUCAAACUCAAAGCCAUCCAGAGGUCCAUGCAAAUCAUUCAGACACUAACUUGACAAAUAACCAAAAUAGACCACAAGAUAAAGUGGAGAUGUGUACUCUAGAGGACAUCCCAGUGACUGAGCAACAAGUGCCCAAAGUAAUUGGCUUUUCUCCACUGAAAAAUAUUUUGAAUAAUGGUAGUGCACUUGUUCCACCUCAACUAGAAAAAGCAAACUCUGUUAUGACUGAAUCUGCUUUAACUCAUGGCAGUCAGCCAGAGGAAACUGUACCUAGUGAUGCUUUUCUCCUAGCAGCUGAAAAUAAAUGGAAACCUUUGACAGGCAUAACUGCAAUGCAGGCUGUUAUUAAAAAACCUUUGACUAUUAAGAUAAACAAACAGCAAGAUCAGUUUGAAGGAAAGAGCCAAGGCCUCAAGAUUGAGAUCAAGAGCAAGAAUAGAGUCCGACCAGGAUCCCUCUUUGAUGAGGUGCGAAAGACGGCUCGGUUAAAUCAGAGAACCAGAAAUCAGGACAGUUCAAGUGAAGAGGACUCUAUUCCAGCAACAGGAGAAAGGGUUGGGUCCCAUAAUCAUUCUCGGGACAAGUCACGGUCUGUCUCCAGUCAUGGGUCCCACCACAGAAACAGGUCCAAUUCAUAUAGCCACUCCAGGAGCAGGUCCAGAAGCUACACUUACUCUUCCAGGAGCUACAGUAGGAGUCGAAGCAGAAGUAGAUAUAGUAAAGGCCACUCUCGUUCUAGAAGUAGCACCUACAGAAGUUAUCGUAGCCACACAUACAGUAGGAGUCGCUCUAGAAGUCGGUACAGAGGUCAUCACAGAUCAAGGUCUGACUCUUACGAUAGCUACACUAGCCGCAGUCGUAGUUGUAGUAGGAGACGAGGGCAUAGGAGAAGUGAGAGCUCUGACCGCAGGACCAGGUCAUUUCACUCAUACAGUCGCAGUUCCUCCAGGCGGCGAAGUCGCAGUCGAAGUAGUUGAUACAGCAGAGUUCGUAUUUCAGAGGACAUUAUAGCCUGUUAAUCAUACUAAUUGUACUUGAUAUGGUUUUCUGAAGGGUUGGCCUAGUUUAAGUUAUGUAUAGUAUAUACAUCAUUGUACAAUUUAUCAAGUACUGUAUAAUCCACCCACCUUUUUUUCCUGUUGCAUUUUUCUUGUAAGUCUAUCAUUGAAUGUACUUUUGUAACAAAAUAUGUCUAAAUAAGUAAACCUACUUUUCUGGUCUAUGUAGUAUACCUAACAAAGUUUGUGAGGAGCAUAAAAUCCUUCCAACUCUAACUCCAAGGUUAUAUACAAACAGCCAUUUACCUCACUCCCUUGUACAUGCGCUUGUGAAAUGUCAGUAAAUCAUGUUUGGAAGGGUUUUAACAAUACAGUUCUAAAAGAAGGCACCGGCAUCCUUUCAAGUCUAAGCAGUGUUUUAAGAUUUUUUUCUUUAAGUCAGAAGAAAUGCAUGAAAAUGGAGGACAUGCAAGGAAAGUUUUAGUUGUAGGCCAAUUUAAUGUUUUGUGUUUGAACGGUUGAUCUCAAAGCUUCUUUUUUUUAAAAGUUGUAUAUAAAACACCAUCAACAAAAAGGUAUGGUUGAUGAAUGUAUCUACAGAAUUGAAAUUUAAUAAACGAAACAUGCCAAUUUCAUUGUUUUUUGUAAG